GCGGCCAGUGAGAUCUAAGACCUUGCACGACUCAUGCGCAACGUGCAACGAAUGCGCACGCGAAAACGAAAGUGACAGACUGACAGAUGAUCAAAAUCCUAUGACAGGAUCAGUGGUGUGUGAACUUUGGAGCAGUGAUUGGUAGCUGGCUGUGUUAUCCUGAAACUGUUUCUCCUGUGCCUGAACCACCUGGAAAGGUUUUCAAGGACAAGUCAUACACAAAUUUAUGUCACCAAGAUAAUUCAUUGCCGUGACCGCUGGACUGUGACUAUGAAGAGGACCAGGCUGCUGCUGGCGAUCGCAACGCUCCUGUUACAGGAAGCAACAUGCGAGCCUCCGGUGGAUUCAGCGUCGUUACCACUAGAACAUCGAGCGGGGGCCGGCUACGGCCCGCCCCUGGCGCCUCAACACUCAGAUGACCCCUGGCCACUUGCCACUCCCGAUAGCCCCAAAAUCAAACACCUACAAGUGCAAUGUGAAAAAACACACAUGCGAGUCAAUAUCGAAUUCGAUCGCCCGUUCUACGGCAUGAUCUUCUCUAAAGGCUUCUAUAGUGACCCCCACUGUAUGCAUCUCAAGCCAGGAACAGGCCACCUUAGUGCUACAUUCGAAAUUUUCCUUAACAGCUGCGGUAUGUCCAGCUCCGCCAACCACAAUGUUGCUAGUUACGGAAGUCCCACACCUAGUGGUUCUUACGUUGAAAAUACGAUCAUCGUCCAAUACGACCCCUAUGUACAAGAAGUAUGGGAUCAAGCACGAAAACUCAGAUGUACUUGGUACGAUUUCUACGAAAAGGCAGUUACAUUCAGACCCUUCCAAGUCGAUAUGUUGCAUGCGGUUACCGCCAACUUUCUCGGGGACAAUUUGCAAUGCUGGAUGCAAAUUCAGGUCGGCAAGGGGCCAUGGGCUUCAGAAGUGUCCGGUAUUGUUAAAAUAGGACAGACGAUGACGAUGGUGCUUGCUAUAAAGGAUGAUGAAAACAAAUUUGAUAUGCUUGUUCGAAACUGUGUCGCACACGAUGGAAAGCGCGCACCCAUACAGCUAGUUGAUCAAUACGGAUGCGUCGUAAGACCAAAGAUAAUGAGCAAGUUCCAAAAAAUAAAGAACUUUGGACCAUCCGCUUCUGUAGUGUCUUUCGCUUAUUUCCAAGCCUUCAAGUUCCCUGACUCAAUGAAUGUACACUUCCAGUGCGUAAUUCAAGUAUGUAGAUACAAUUGUCCAGAGCCAAAAUGUGGUCUGGGUACAGACUAUGGGGUCCCAUUACUGGGCGGUAAUUCUCUCGGUGCUGCGGAAUAUGGUGUACCAAAUUCACCGCAUGCGGAAUACGGACCUCCACCACCAUCGCCCCAUGCUGAAUAUGGCGUUCCUCCAGCAUUCCCCGACCCACGCCAUCCAGCGGACUCUUCAGGUUCCUUCUCAGAAAAGAGGGAUGACGCCGUCCCACCCCCACAGGCACAAGUAUCAUCAACACCUAAUGCGCCUAGUCCGUCGUCACCUGCCCCGGCCCGCGAAGACGAUGAAGUAAAUCUGCCACCACCGCCUCCACCAGGCCGCCGUGGAGUAUAUAACACUGUAAAGAGGAAAGACGAUGCGCAUGUUAACCUCGCAACUCUGGGAGGUAGACCGCGAUCCGUCGAGGACUUGCCAGAAAGGCUAGUCGGCGUGAGGCGGCGUAGAGAAACAUCAAAGCCGAAUCGCAUCUACAAGCGCGAUGCUCAAGAGAUGACAGAUGUGAACACUAGUCGCACAAUUCAAGUAGUAGCGCCGGGUGACGUAAACUUCGCAUUGAACAACGCGGCGGCGAAUGAAACAGUGGUGAUUCAGUCUCCAGCAACAGACCCGGAGACGAUAUGCAUGUCAGUGCCGUCGUUCGUGGCGGGGCUGGUCAUGUUAUUGUUAGUGCUAGUGGUGGCAUCACUUGUGGCCGCGUUUCUUUUCGUGCGCGUCCGAGCGCUCGAUAGGAAGGGCGCCCAUGGGGCCACCGCCUACUACGAGACGGAUUACGUGAAACACACGAAUUAGGUGAGAGUGCGAGUGUGACGCGAGGACGUUCCCAUAAACUCUUCUCGGAUCCAAAGAGCGUGCGAUCUUCGGCCCCGGCCGGACGGCGCGGCGCUGUCGCGGUCGCGAUCGAAGCCCGGCCGCGUGCGAGUUAUUUAUUUAGUUGUCUAGUGAGCGUGAUGUAUAUGUUCGACUGUUUUGUAAAUUAUUUUAUUUGUGUGGAAAGCACUCCUGUACUGCCUUAUUUAGUCCUUAUGUCUGUUGUAAUUUUGUAAAGAGUCGUAAGUAAGGAUGUAGUGGUAAUGAAAGUUGUAUACCAAUUAAAGUGUCGCGUGUGAAAACUUGA